UGUAAUCUGUGACAGCUGGAAAUGGACAGAGGCAGCAGCGGCAGCGGCGGCGGUGGUGGUGUUGGUGGAGGUAGUAGUGGUGGUGGUAGCGGUGGUGGUGGCAGAGGAGCCGUGAAAGCGUCUCACACAGAUAUGAAGCGUCCAAAGAGCAGCGACUGGCCGGACAUCAGCCCUCCUCCCAAGAGCCAGGAGGGGCAGGAUGAGGAGGAAGAGGAGGAAGACGAAGAAGAGAGGAGGGUGGUCGUGGGGCUCAAGGCCAAACGGGAGCGGCGGCAGGGCAGCGGUAGCGCCACCAUGUGCCAGGUGUGCAACAUUCAGCUGAACUCCAGCGCCCAGGCGCAGAUCCACUACAGAGGGAAGACCCAUCAGAGGAGGCUGCGCCGGCUGGCGAAGGCUGUCAACGCAGGCGCGCUGUCCCAGAACCAGGUCCACCCGCUGCUGGGCUCCCUGCCGAUGCCGGGCCGACCCCUCCAGCCGCAGACCCACGCCCAGCUGGAGCACUUCCUGCCGCUCAGGGUCAACGGCUCCUCGCCGCUCAGCCUGUUCCCCAACUUCAACACGAUGGAUCCGGUGCAGAAGGCGGUGAUCAACCACACCUUUGGUGUGACUCCACCCAAGAAGAAACCCAUCAUCUCCUGCAACAUCUGCCACCUGCGCUUCAACUCCACGACGCAGGCGGAGGCCCACUACAAAGGUCACAAACAUGCUCGCAAGCUCAAGGCCUUGGAGACCCAGAAGACCCGGCAGAAGAACGGACACGGCCAGUCCACAGCGGGGAGGGACAGGGACAGGGACAGGGACAGGACAGCAGCCGACUCACAUCUGAAGAUCAAAACAGGCCCGAGCACGUCGUCCGAACCUGAAAACCCCCAGGCCGGCUCCGUGGCAGCUCUCCCUCCACCAACACCGUCCCCCGACUCCUCCUCCUCCUCCUCCUCGCUCUGCUCCCCUCACCCGUCCCCACAAGUCUCCCCUUCCCCUCAGCUCUCCGAUCCACCGACAAGCAGCCCGCAGGCGGAGGUGUGCAGCAGCCCGGCCACCGCUUCGGCGCCGCACUCCGACCCUCAGGGAGGCAGCACAGGAGGCUCGAAGCACAAACAGAUGCUGGACGGUCACCACGGCAGCCAAUCGCAGCGCAGGGUCAAGAUGACGCCAGUGUCGCCCCGGCCGACCUGUCGGAUGAAGCAGCGGAUGGUGAGCAAGCCCAGGGCGUCGGUCGGCGUGACCGGUCAGCCCUUUCACUGUGAGCUGUGCCAGGUGUCCGUCAACUCCGAGACCCAGCUGAAGCAGCACAUGAACAGCAGGAGACACAAAGAGCGUUUGGCCGGGAAGCCCGUCAAGGCGAAGUUCACCCCCUAUAAUAAACUACAGCCCAGCGCCGUCUUAGCGACUAAACUGGCCCUUCAGAAGCAGCUAUCCAAGGCGCUGCCUGCAGGCUUCCUGACCAGCCCCCUCAACCCAGCUGCCUUGUGCACGAUGGCGUCCGGACCCCUGGCGUUACGACUGCCCCCGGGUCCCACCGCCAUUUUCCAGGGUCCCCUGAUCAGCCCCACUCUCUUCAGGCCUGCCCCGGGACCCCUGAGGGCCACACAUGCACCGAUCAUCUUCUCUCCUUACUAGCAAACGAGCUUGAGGGCUGGAGGACGCACAGUAGAGUAGACUUAACCGAGCCAAAGCCGGGAGGACGGGGAGGGCCGGUUUUUAUAACGGCCGAGGUCAAACCGGGACCCGACGAGCGACACCAGGACAUUAUGCAGUGACAGUGAGGGCAGCGUUUCAGCUCGUCAAGUCCGGCAGAUUCACCUCAUAAGUAUGCGCACCACCUGGUGUGGAGUGAGAUUUCAGCGUGGACCGACCGGCGCCUCAGCUGUUUCCUCUCAGUGUGUGUGUGUGUGUGUGUGUGUGUUCCCCGGGGUCUGGACCCCACAGGAAGCCAUAACAACGACAAGUCUAGUUUUAUUUAUAAGACAAUGGUAAUCUAAAACAAUAGGAUGUUUAAAUGUUAAUAAGUGUUUGUUGCCAAAAAAAUAAAUAAAUAAGUGAAUAAAAACCUUUGAUUUUUAAGAGCUUUCUAGUUAAACUCUGGGAGAACGAUGCCUGUCUUUAGUUUUCAGAACCAAAAUCGACAAAAAUCCAGAUUGCGUUCAUCUUUCCAUGUAAUCGGAACUGUAACUUAGCGCGUCGUAUCCCGACAAAGAAAUAUUUUCACAGCCUGAUGUGAUGUGGAUGCCUUUUAAUUUGUAAUUUAUUUUCGAUAGAUGCUUACAUUCGGUUCCAGGUUCCGUGUUGUUUCUCUUUGUGUGAUAAGGCGACAAUCAACACCCCGACGUGAAUGGAGUUACAUGUUUAGAACAUGAUAUGUUUUCAGGGGAUGGCGAGAUGGACUAGUAGGUGGUAAGGCUUUAUUUAUUAAUAUUAUUAUUA